AUGCUUCGGUUGGCCGAAUUUUGGUUUAAUAUGGAGGAAAAAAAUACGGUAGAUGUGGCGCUUGGUGUACGUUACCUUCCGGCAAUGCAUUCUACCACACUUCUUUGGCAUUUAGCCGAUUUUGUUUUAGUAUGUGAUGAGCUCAAAAUUGGUUUUAUGAUAAUGUUAGUUGGCAGUUCACCCGUAUCAUUUGGUCUUUACAGUUCAUUGGCGAAACGAGUUAAAAUACCACUAGUUGACUGGGAGACAUCCGAUUUGAGUUAUGAUUCGGGAUCGCCUUUUACAGCAUCCGUAAGGCCUCCAGCCGAUGAGCUACUAGUGGAUUACAUCAAAAUUAAGCAAUGGCAUGAGAUUAUUUACUUGCAUGAUGGUGCUAAUGCGGAACGAAGCCUCACUGCAAUAUAUAAAUAUUUGGAAAAAAAUCCAGUUUAUCCCUUACAAAUUGAUAGCUAUCGUAUUCCCGAAGAUGAAGAAUACUUUCGAGAAUUUCUCAAUAAUUUUCACAUGCAACACUUUAACUUCGUUGAUUCAAGAUCUCUGAAUGUUGUGGUCGAUAUUUCAAAUAGUUAUCGUAUCCGAGCCUUUUUGCAAUCAUUGAAAGAAAGUAUACUUGUCAAAAAGCAAUAUAAUUAUGUGUUUGCUAAUUUUGAAUUGGAUGAAAAUGAUUUGGAUGCUUUCCAUUAUACUCUUAUCAAUAUUACAGCUUUUUUAAUGUGUGAUCGAUAUAAACAACGUUUAAACAAAGAAAGAAAAAUGUUUGUGCAUCAUUACGGCAAUCGUUCUAUCAUAGAUAAUGUACCAAUACCUAUGAGUGCACUGUUUGCACAUGAUGCAUUGCUUGUGGCAAGUAAUGCGAUUGAUAUUGUUUUGAAAAAAUAUGGCCGUGAUUUGUUCGCUAAUGCAUUCAGUCAAAACCAACUAUAUAAUGCUGGUCAACCAGGAAUUCAGUGCAGGCGUGAUUUAGAGCAUGCCACCUUAAUACCAUUUGAAUUUGGUGAUAAAAUUAUCGAAGCUAUCAAAGAAGUAAAACUGGACGAAACUGAUGGAACUCUUACCGGACAAAUACAAUUCACUAAGUCGUUGAUUAGGACAAAUUUUUCAGCGAAAGUAGUGGAAAUUAAUCCAAGUGGAAGGAGCCUAUACAGUGUUCGAAAUAUGUUUGAUUGGAAACAAGGUGUAGGAUUUAUAAUGAAUGCAAAAAGUAAGCCAAAUUUGCUGAGAGAAGAAACUAUCACUCGUUUACAUCACCGACCUAAUAGGCUACAUAUUGUAACGGUUUUGGUGAAACCAUUCGUAAUGCUAAAACGAACAGUUCGCGGAGAGCCGGCUCGUGUUGGUAAUGAUCGUUUUGAAGGAUACUGUAUUGAUUUAAUCAAAUUAUUAGCAAUGAAUAUCAGCGGUUUCGAUUCGUAUGAAAUAUUCAUUGCUGAAGGAAAUAAAUAUGGACAACGUCAAGAUGAUGGUUCUUGGGAUGGAAUGAUCGGAUAUUUGCUCAAUGAGACAGCAGAUGUCGCAGUAGCACCACUGACCAUCAAUCAAGCUCGCGAGCGUGUCGUUGAUUUUUCGAAACCAUUUAUGACUACCGGAAUCAGUAUUAUGAUUAAGAAACCGGAAAAGCAGGAACUCAACGUUUUCUCUUUCAUGCAACCUUUGGGAACAAAUAUUUGGUUCCUCAUACUAUGCUCAUAUGUUGGCGUAUCACUUACCAUAUUUCUAGUGAGCUGCUUUAGUCCAUAUGAAACACGUACAGAAGCAGAAUUAUCGACAGAACUUUCCCUCUAUAAUAGUUUAUGGUUUACUUUAUCAUCGUUUAUGCAGCAAGGUACUGAUAUAUUACCCAGAGCACCAUCUGGACGGAUUGCUAGUAGUGCAUGGUGGUUUUUCACGCUUAUUAUUGUUUCCUCAUAUACCGCAAACUUAGCAGCAUUCCUAACCCUGGAGAAGAUGAUUCCACCAAUUGAAUCGGUCGAUGAUUUGGCUGCUCAGAAAAAGAUCCUUUAUGGAAUCGUUAAGGGUGGCUCAACAGAAGAGUUUUUUAAGGAAUCAGCAGUGCCAGUUUACAAAAAAAUGUGGAAUUUCAUGUAUGAUACGUAUACUCAACAGCUUCGCUCACAGCAACACUCAAAUACCUCAGAUACUGUAAUGGCGAAUACGUAUGCUGAAGGAAUUGACAAAGUGCGCCGAAGCAAGGGACGGUAUGCAUUCCUUCUAGAAGAAACAGCCAAUGAAUAUGAAAAUACUCGGAAACCAUGUGAUACCAUGAAAGUUGGAACUAAUUUAAAUUCCUUGGGAUAUGGAAUUGCCACUAAGAUUGGUAAUCCCCUAAGAGAAAGUAUUAAUUUCGCAAUAUUAUAUUUGCAUGAGAAGGGUGAAUUGAAGCGACUGGAAAAUAAAUGGUGGUAUGAUCGAGGUCAAUGCGAUCAAGGGAUGUCGAUAUCUCCGGAAGGCGGUAAUAGUGCCAGUUUAACUCUUAGCAAAGUUGCUGGAAUCUUUUAUAUUCUAUGCGGCGGUAUGAUACUAUCAAUGGCGACUGCUUUUGUCGAAUUUUUAUAUCGUUGCAAGGUGGAACGAUAUGAAGCUGCAAGAAAGAAUCAUUUACGACGAAAGGCAUUGCGGGAUGGUAAUGAUCAUUCACAAAAACGCUCAAGAUCUGCUGAAUUGUGA